AUGUCGCUUCUUGAAGAUAUAUUUUUAAGAGAUGAGGCUGAUGAAGCAAAGGAGCUGGAACGUAUUAUUGAAGGGGACGAAUAUGACGAUAAACCGCUACCGCGCUCUGAUAGUGAUGAUAAUAGUGAAAAAGAUGACGAAGCAGAAGAAGAGAAGAGACGUGUUGAUCCAUCUAGCACGAAAACAAAGCGUACAGUGAAAAAUCCAAGAUUCAUUUUAAAUCCUGCACGACUGACUGGACCUAGAGGCAUACAGGUUAUUCCUGACCAUUUUAAAGACUUUAAAUUCAAAGGUAAAGGUCACGAGAAAGAGGACUUAGAUUUAGUGUUAAAGAAGUUAGAACAUUGGGCUUACAGACUGUAUCCUAAGUUUAAAUUUGAAGACUGUUUAAAAAAGAUUGAGACACUUGGCAAAAAGCGGCCAGUAAUGGUUCAUUUGCACAAAAUUAGAUCAGAUCAGUAUAUAUCAGAAGAAACAGUGGUCCAAAAAGAUUCCAGUGAUGAUGAGAGUGCGCCAGUCGAAAGAGAGGAGGAUGAGUUUGAUAAACUCUUGCAGCAGCAGAUUGACCUGGCAAGAUCUACACCUGGACCUGGAUCUGCAAGGAAGCCAGUACUGGAUAAUUCUAUAAUGGAUAGGUCAUCUUUUAAUGCACCAAAAGCAACAUCUUCUCCAUCAAUAAGUGAUGAACAAAGAGAAAGGAUGAUGAGAAGUCGGAAAUUGGCAGAGGAGAGGCGCCUGGCUAGACUUAAAAAUAAUAGUAAUGUGUCAAAUAACGCUUUAAGCAGUAAUAAAGAAAAUAUAGUAGUUGAUAUAAAUGAAGAAUAUAUAGCAGAUAAGGAAGACGAUCAAACAAUGGAGGAAAAUAUAGAAAUGAGAGUAGACACAGAUGACAUACUGGUAUCUAAAAAGCACAAAACAAAUGUCAUUGAUAGUUCAGAUGACGAAGAUGGUGUGAUGUCUGUGAAUGAAUCAGUCACAGUAGAUAUUCAUACCGCCUUUUCGAAUGGAAGUAAUAUUGUACCGAUAGGUAAUACUAAGUCUAUGGAAGAAAAUGAAACAAUUAAUAAUUGUGAUAAUAUUGAUGAUUUAGGUGUUAAUAACGCCGUGGGAAAUAUAAAUAAAGAAAAUCAAUUGUUUGAUGAAUUGCGAAAUACUUCAAACAAUGACAACAAUAGCUUAGUUAAUAACGAAAACAAUAUCGAAAUGGAAACAACUAAUGCAAUAACAAAUUCUAAAAACUUAAAUGAUAGGGAAGAAAUAAGUAGUAUCGAUAACACUCUUACUGAAUAUCAAGUAGAAGUUGGUAAUCAUGAACAAAUUUCCAAGCCAAUAGAACCGAUGGCUGAUAUUGAACAUACCAAGACAGCUGAAAAUAUAAUUAAAAGUUUAACACCAAAUGAAGAUAUACUCGAAUUAGCCCAGAACGAGCAUGAUACAACUAAUACAGAAAAAUCUCCUGGAACACAGAAAUCAUUGGUUGAUCUAGAACAUACCAAUACAGUUGAAAAUAAAACUGAGCCAAAUAAAAGUUUUAAACCAAAUGAAUAUGUAAUGGAAUCAGCCCAGAACGAUCAGGAUACAACUAACAUAGAAAAUUCUCCUGGAACAGAGGAAUCUAUCAUUGAUAUAGAACAUACCAAUACAGUUGAAAAUACAAUUGAGUCAAAUAAAAGAUUAACACUAAAUGAGGAUGUAAUGGAAUCAGCUGAUAACAAGCAGGGUACAACUAAUACAGAGGAAUGCAUAUCAAACGAAUCAGACAUGAUGGUAAUUGGAAAUGAGGAAAAAGACGACGUUACGACAGAUCUUGGUGAUAUAAUGGAAUUAGAUUUUACUGAAGAUUUCUAA